AUCGGCCUCUACAAAACGCUCAUCAAAUGCACGAAAUAUGUCGAGGCGGAAAAACUGUCGGAGAGAUGUAUGAAAAUAGAUCCUGGACAUUAUAAAGUCCGGCAGAUGCGGAUGGAAGCGCUUUUCGAGAUCGGUGAGUUCGGUCACAGUCUGGUUCACGCCUACGAGGGCUUGCGGCGGCACGGGAUGACCUUUGAACACGGUGUCUAUCAGGCAAAUGAGACCAUCGAAGAUUGCAUCGGCCGGAACACGUCGCCCGUCGCUCUGCUGCUGCUCUACCCGUGGAUACGACAUUUAUGGGCGCACCGUAAACUUCUAAUGGGCAAGCUCGAGGUGGAGGAGGACGAGCUCGCAGGUGUAGGACUCGCGGAGCGUGAGAUAAGAUUCAAGGUGAACGAUCCCGAGGUGCAGCGGCAGGCGCGAAUGAAAAGACUGCAGCGCGUCAUAGAGAGAAUAGAUAUGGGUUACCUGACGAUCGAUAAGGAUUUCCUCGAGGAGAUCGUGAGCCGCCCGGAGAUCGUGGCCUCGCCGAGCAAGAAGUCGGUUACCGAGCUGCUCGCCCUCGCGAGUACGUGCUAUCGCAACGCGACGUACUUGCAGGAACUUCUGCGUAUGAGACGGCCGCUCUACGUUAUCCUGUUCAAACGACGUGAGAUUCCGAGGGGGCGCAAAAUGAUGAUGGAGCGAGAACGAAAAUUGCGCAGAAACAUCGUCGUUAUAAAGGCGGAUUUUCUCCUGCGUCGCUUGCAAGCCGCGAGGAUCAACAGGGACUAUGCUACUUUCUUCAAGCUUGUUGAUCUUAUCAAGACCAGAUUCGACUCGUAUUCGGAUAAGAUGUUUCCGUUGAAACAAAAGUGUCUAAAUGCGCUGUACAAAACGGUAGCGCAGGUUUACAUCGACACGCGUAAUUUGACGUGUCUGGACAGUGAGGAAAUGAAGACGAGAUAUGUGAAGCAUCUCCUAGGAAUACGAGUUGCAACGCUGCCUCGAGACAGAGAUAUCGCGUGGAUGCCGACUGUAAACCCAAAGGAGACGUUGAAGAUGUUUCGUAGGAGAUUAGCCAUGGCAUCCACGCCCCUCGAGCUUGCCUGGCUGCAGCAUGAAUUUUGCAAAUUUCUCAUCGAUAUACGUCGCUUCGAUUUGGCUAGAUUUUACGCCAAAAAGGGACAGGACAUGGCGCAGGAGGCAAACUGUGAUCAAUGGGUCCUGAACAUCAAUCAUCUGAUGCUGCGAAUUGAGAUCUAUCAGAAUAACCGGAGUGAGGCGAGAGAUAUCGUGAAUCUAGCGCUCGCGCACGUCAGAAAGCUCAAUAUCGAUUAUCUGGUAAAAAUAAAAUCCACAAUUUUGCGGAAUAACAUUCGUAACUGCGUCGCCAUUUUGCGGUCAAAUUCAUUCAUUCUCCACAAUGACAAUGCGCUUAAUUCAAGGGCCGCUCUCAUAACGUAUCCGCAGAUAGAUUUUUAUCAAAGGGCCCUAGAGGUCGUGGACGAGCUGGAUGUGGAGCGUAGCGGCGACAUUGACGACAUCGCCGUCAGACAGCAGCUCAUCCUCGAGCUGAUGCCGAAGGAGAUGAAGGGGGAGGUGGAUUUUCUGUGGCGGCGAAUGGACGUCGUGCCCGCCGAGAGGCGACUCUCCGUCAUGCCGGGCUGCAAGCCGAUCGAUCGAAAGUUCAAAAUACCCUCCGCGCGAAGGACCAUAUUACCCAGCCCGCCGAAGGACCCGGAGAGAGACGCCAGAAUCGCUUUGUUAAAGCAGUACGCCCCGCCGCGCAGGCGACCAGGUUUCGUGAAUUUUCAAGAGUUCGAAUAA